UCGACUGCUAUAUCUAUUAAAAUAUUAAACUUAUUUAUUUUAGCAUUUCCCCUGGUGAUAGUAACACUAAAAUGAAUUGUUUGCGCCGCUGGAGGCAAUGGAUUCGUCCCGUUGUCAUUUCGAUUUACAUAGUUUUAAUAACAAUUGCUCUGCCACUCUGCAUUUGGGAUUUGAACAGAGUGCACAAAGAGGUUCACGUACAAGCUUGGUUUGUUGGAGGUGUCUUUGUUAUGAUGUCACUGCCUAUAUCUUUAUGGGGAAUUCUUCAACAUUUGGUUUAUUACACUCAGCCUGUAUUACAGAGACAUAUUAUAAGAAUUCUCUGGAUGGUUCCAAUAUACGCAGCUAAUGCAUGGUUUGCCCUGCGAUUCCCAUCAGCUGCUAUAUAUCUGGACACGAUACGGGAGUGUUAUGAAGCUUAUGUCAUCUACAAUUUCACCAGCUACUUGAUGCACUAUCUACAAAUGGAACAUCCACAUUUUGAUAUAGUUCUCGAGGGCAAGCCGCAAGUCAAACAUUUAAUUCCAUUCUGUUUAUUACCUCCAUGGCCAAUGGGAAGAACUUUUAUUCAGCGAUGUAAGCAUGGAGUUUUGCAGUACACUGUAAUGAGACCAGCCACAACAGUCAUUGCAUUGAUAUGUGAAUUAGUUGGCAAAUAUGAUGAAGGUGAUUUCAACUUUACUUCAGCAUGGUCCUAUCUCGUUAUUGUCAACAAUAUUUCACAGAUAUGGGCCAUGUAUUGCCUUAUCCUGUUUUAUAAGGCUGCUAAAGAGGAACUGGCUCCUAUCAAACCAUUGGCAAAGUUCCUUUGUGUUAAAGCUGUUGUAUUCAUGUCAUUUUGGCAAGCUGUGGUGAUUGCUGCUCUAGACAAAAUGGGGGCAAUACCUCACCAGGACCAGUGGAUUAUCUAUAAGUCAGACAAACAAGUAGCUAAUGGCAUUCAGGAUUUCUGUAUAUGUAUUGAGAUGUUCAUCGCAGCCGUUGCUCACUACUUCUCGUUUUCACACAAACCGUUCAUGGACCUGGCUGCCGACCAGGCAAGCUGCUGUCAGUCAUUCUUGUCCAUGUGGGAUGUCAGGGAUGUCAGAGAUGAUGUCCUGGAACACGCCAGAUAUUUAGGAAAAGGUAUGCACAAGAGACUGUAUGGUAAAAACAAUGACGGCCACAGUGAGAGAUCUCCGCUGUUAGGUGAAACUGGUGGCCACGAUCACUCUAUCAACAAUCAGACUGAUGUAAAGAAAUUAAACAAAACUUCCUCGGCAGUUCAGCCAUCGGAAGAUACACAGACGGCAGGCAGAGACUGGGACGUUUCCUCCAUUGGCCAGGUUCACGACAUGUUUGUGAACAAGUCGACUACUGCCAGCAUGAACAAUUACCUGGAGUUUAGUCAGAGUGUCGAUGUAUUGGACACAACACAUCAGAACUUGGUGGUGGUGGACAUAGAACCUCGUCCGAUUGAGGUAAUGGGGAGCGAACGUGAUGGUGCUGAACAUUAUGUGAUCGUCCAUGAUACCCCAUCGGAAAUCAAUGAUUCCAAAGAGAGUGGUGAUAAAGAAAGAGUGAAAAGAUCUGUUAAUUCUAGUGACGAAGACUGAAAAAUGUAGAUGUUGUUCAUAAUAUCAUCAGCCUCUUAGCAUGGUUGUCUAACUAAUGUUUUGAACUUUUGACACAAGUGGAAUGUUUUUUUGAUAUACAAAGUGAAAUUAAGUCUUAAAAAAUUAUUUGAACAAGAACAACAACAAAUUUAGUUGUUCAAAUAAUUUUUAAAGUAUUCAUUUCUAUAGCAAUUAUGCUGAGAGACUGACGAUAUGUAAAGAUAAUUUCACUGAUGAGUGAUUCUCAUUGGUGCUGUUAAUAUAUCAACUGAUGUUCUGAACAAAUCAAAAGCUGAAUCUGUGAUGAAUAGUAAAAAUACUGCCUAGGAAAUUGAUGUUCCGCGACAAAGGGACUUGUAAUCAUCUUUACAGCACUUCAGCAAGUCUAAGUAAACAAUAUACAUGACAUUGUAUCAAAUGAAAAAGGCCCCAGCAAAAUGACGCACCAGUGUCAGCACAGACAUUUUAACACUGUGACCUAACACAUUACAAUUUGGUAAAUAAUGUCUAAAACUGAGCUUGCAAGGCAGACGUAAUAUAUACUGUGGUAUCUAAUAAAUGAAUAUCAAAGAGUAUUUUGUGAAUUUAGUAUGAAGUACAACGUUCACAGUAAUGUUUUUUUAAAGGAAUAUUAUUAUUUUUCAUAAUUCAUUAAAAUAUACAUAAUCAUUUAUGCCCAUUUUUCAUCUGAUGUGAUAGUAAUGACAGUGAGGUCACAUUCUGUUGGACCUCUUCUUUUUAUAUUCUAUACAUGUAGCUAGACUGACUGAAGUGCCUUAUAGAUUGGUACAAGUUCCUGUGUUCCAUGAUAAAAGGAAUUUAGCUUCUUUUUUUUAACAAACUAAUAAUUAAAGUGCUUUUCCAGACCAUACACUAAAAUUUCAAAUUCCACAAUUAAAUGCUUUCUUAAUUCAUUGCAAUAAUAUUUUAAUAUUACGAAAAUGCCCCAUAAAAGUAUUUAAACAUCACUCCCGUAGAACACUGCCGGAAACGACCAAGUAAAAUUCUCAGUAAAAACAUUUGCCUGUAAAUAGUCGUGAUGUCAUGAAGGAAAUGAGCUUCACAGAAACCUACCACGAGAUGACUUCCAGCGCAAGCGAAAGUGGGACCGACAGUGACUGCCAAGCUCAAUUAUCAUGCGAUUCUUCUUUCGAUGAUGAAUAGUGUACUAAUAUUUGU